AUGACGGAGAAACUCAAAUUGCAGGUCAAGCGACGCGCCGGUGCCCGGGGAGCGAGGCAAACAGUGCCAGAGUCCACAAAUGAGAUGGGAGGCCGGAACUUCAUCAUAGAGUCAGGACAGGCGACUUUGCAGGACCCUUCACGGCUAGGUCGCGAGAUCCAGGCUUACACGAAACACAGCAGUGUUACUACAACCUCCGCAGCCUCAGAGGCAUAUGUGGCACAGUGGAUAACAUCCGUCCUUGGAUUUCUGGACGACUACGAGCAAGUCGACGACCAAAUCCCCAUGUUGGCACGGGGUCGGGACUUCGAUGUCGACUUCCUCACAAAGUAUUUGGAUUAUGUGUUUCCCCUCUUGUUCCCGUUCUACCAGCCCGGCCUUCACGAAACGGGCCGUAGUUGGGUGCUGGCGCUUUUGAGGCGCAACAAAGUUGCAUUCCAUUCCGCGAUGAGCUUAAGUAUCUACUUCUUCAUUUUCACGUUGAUUGAUACAUACCCAGAGCAACAUGGUGCCUGCAAGAGUCAGCUCUGGAAAGAAGUAGGGAGGCAAACGGACAGGUGCUUUGAAAUGAUCCAGCAUGACAUACGUGACCUCCGACUUCGUGGCCCACAAGUAAUGCUCAUUGACAAGGCGCGGGUGAUGGAGAGCAUUAUUCAGUUCCUGAUAUUCGAGGUGGCACUGAGUAGGUCCGCGAACUGGAACCUACAUCUUACACCAGCCCUCGCACUGUUUGAGGAGAUCUGGGAGAGCACCGCCGCAACGGCGUCUGAACCCAAAUUGCUUGCCGCUCUAGAAACAAUGGCUGUACCUCUCCAGUUUGGCCUCGACCCUGAUGGGGGCUACAUCUGGAGUCCGGAACAGGCUGGGUUCCGGUUCUUCAGUGGCCUGUUGGUCUUCAUCGACAUUAUUGCCAGUACAGCCCUGGAACAGCCGCCUCGGUUGCUCGACUGGCAUCCAUUUCUUCUUGACGUUCAAGACAAUGGCGAGACAGAUUUUGGCAAGGUUCUAAUACGACUGUCGAAUCUGAUGGGCUGUCAGAACUGGGUACUGCUUGCAGUCAGCCAGAUAACUGUUCUGAAUGUCUGGAAACAGAAUAUGAAAAAGGUUGCAAGGCUGUCGAUGAUAGAGCUUGUUGAUCGGGCGAGCCAGAUAUCUCGUUCUUUGAAUGAUGGGAUUUCAAGCCUCGACGAGCAAGCUUCAGGCUGUAGGAAAGCCAAUUCUCUCAACUUUCGAUCUUACUUGAACCCUGGUCUUUCUGCGUUGGGGAGGACUUCUACGACAACUACACGCAUCUGGGCGUACGCUGCCCACCUAUAUCUAGCAGUCGUUGUUUCUGGCUGGCAGCCGUCUACCACAGAAAUCCGCGUCGGCGUGGCUGGCAUUCUCGCACUACUACAAUCAAUCGACUCUCCCGAUCAUCUUCGAACUCUUGCUUGGCCACUCUGUGUUGCAGGCUGUUUAUGCGAGGGGCCGGGUCAACAAGAGCAAUUUCGACAAUGUUUGACAAGGGUGGAUAAAUUCACCUUGGUUGGUGGAUUGGGCGAGGCUCGAAAAAUCAUGGAAAGGGUAUGGGAGAGCCGAGAGACACUAGAUGGACAGGAAUGGGAUCUUGCAGCCUGUCUCCGCGUUCUGGGCACACCUGCGUUGCUGGUGUAA